GGGAAAGGAGUAAUGGCGGUCGGCAAAUCCGUACGCUGACACCAAAUCCAAAACAUACCUCCAACUCAUCAUUGCCUGCGAGGCACUUCAGGCAGAACAACGGUCAACUUCUGACGAAAAUACUGAGCUGAGACAGGGGAGGGGGACAAAAUCCAACGGCAAAUUGUUGGGGCUUUCUCUGUCUUAAAAAUGGAUGAACACCCUGGCGGAGGAGUUGGAAUGGCCGCCCCAAGACAGCAGCAGCAACAGCCGCAGCAAGGGAAUAACAACAACGUUAAUCCCCAAAUCGGUGGCGGAGGAAGCGCAGUGAUGGCGCUACAGCAGCAAGACGAGAUGCCUCGGCCACAGCAAUAUACUAUCCCUGGUAUUCUACACUACAUUCAACACGAAUGGGCCCGAUUUGAGAUGGAGAGGGCUCAUUGGGAAGUGGAGAGGGCCGAACUUCAGGCCCGGAUAGCAUUCCUUCAAGGCGAAAGGAAAGGUCAAGAAAAUCUAAAGAAUGAUCUAGUUAGAAGAAUAAAAAUGUUAGAGUAUGCAUUAAAGCAAGAAAGAGCAAAAUACCACAAGUUAAAAUAUGGAACAGAGUUGAACCAAGGCGAGGUGAAGAUGCCAAGCUUUGAAUCAGAAGACACCAAAGACACAGAAGUCCCUGCCGUCCCUCAGAACAGCCAGCUCACUUGGAAACAGGGACGACAACUCCUCAGACAGUACCUUCAGGAAGUAGGCUACACGGACACGAUACUGGACGUGCGGUCCCAGAGGGUGCGGUCCUUACUGGGCCUGGCGGGCUCCGAGCAGAACGGCUCGGUGGAAACCAAGAACCUGGAACAGAUCCUGAACGGAGGGGAGUCGCCCACCAAGAGAAAGGGACAGGACCUGAAAAGGACCCCCGGGGACGUCCUCGAGACGUUUAACUUCCUGGAGAAUGCCGACGACAGCGACGAAGAGGAGGACGAAGAGGGAGACCUGAUGGAGGAGGAGUCAGACAGGACAAUCAAACACAGGAUAAAGAAACACAAGGUCAAGGUGGGUAACGAAGGCCUGGCGUCUGACCUUCCAGAAGACCCCGACACCGAGGAGGCUCUGAAGGAGUUUGACUUCCUGGUGGGCGCUGAGGAUGGCGAGGGGGCGGGGGAGGCCCGCAGCUCUGGAGACGGGACCGAGUGGGCGGAGCCUCUGCCCUUCUCAGGGGGGGGUAAGUCUUUCAUCAUGGGCUCUGACGAGGCCCUGGAGAGCGUCCUGGGGCUGGGUGACCUUGCUGACCUCACCGUCUCCAACGAUGAGGCCGACUACAGUUAUGAUCUGCCGGCCAACAAGGACUCGUUCAGAAAGACGUGGAACCCCAAGUACACGCUGCGGAGCCACUUCGACGGCGUCCGCGCCCUGGCCUUCCACCCAGUAGAGCCCGUACUGGUCACCGUGUCUGAGGACCACACCCUCAAACUGUGGAACCUGCAGAAGACCGUCCCUGCCAAAAAAAGUGCCUCUUUCGACGUGGAGCCCAUCUAUACAUUCAGAGCCCAUGUCGGCCCUGUUCUGUCAUUGGCUAUGAGCUCCAGUGGUGAGCAGUGCUACAGUGGAGGAAUCGACUCCACCAUCCAGUGGUGGAAUAUCCCAAGCUCCAACGUAGACCCCUACGAUACGUACGAUCCCAGUGUGCUGGCAGGCUCGUGGCUGGGCCACACGGACGCCGUGUGGGGGCUGGCCUACAGCGGCAUCAAGAACCGGCUGCUGUCCUGUUCUGCCGAUGGAACCGUCAAGCUGUGGAACCCCCAGGAGAAGAACCCCUGUGUCAGCACUUACAACUCAGACAUGGAACACGGCAUCCCCACGUCGGUGGACUUCAACGGCUGUGACCCCGCCCACAUGGUGGCGUCCUUCAACACAGGGAAGGUGGUGGUGUAUGACCUGGAGACGUCCCAGCCCACCGUGGUGCUGCCUGGCCAGGGGGAGAGCACUCUGCCAGCUGCCAACCACAUCAACAAGGUGGUGAGCCACCCCACCCUGCCUGUCACCAUUUCCGCUCACGAGGACAGAAACAUCAAAUUCUUCGACAACAAAUCAGGUAAGGUGAUCCAUGCGAUGGUGGCCCAUCUGGAUGCAGUGACCAGUCUGGCUGUGGACCCCAACGGAAUCUACCUGAUGUCUGGAAGUCACGACUGCUCCAUCCGUCUGUGGAACCUGGACAGCAAGACGUGCGUCCAGGAGAUCACAGCUCACAGGAAAAAGUCGGAGGAGUCCAUCUAUGACGUAGCCUUCCACCCCUCCAAGGCCUACAUUGCUAGCGCUGGGGCAGAUGCCCUUGCCAAGGUCUUUGUCUAGGAAGAGGGCGCCCCCUAGCUGUCUGGAGGGGAACAGAGGGAGCGAGAGAGGUGGGGGGGUGGACGAACCCACAGCCUGGUGAAGACUGACAUACUGACUGAAAGUAGCCUGUUUGACCUGGUGAUUACACUACAUUGAAACUGCCACCCCAACUCCCCCUCACCCUGCCGGACUCACCCGCAGUGCCAAGGAGACUCAACGCCAGGGGAGAGGAGCGGAGAGGAGCAGAGAGGAGCUGAGCGCCCCUCACGUUUAAUCUGUUUUCAGACUAAAGUAACCUGUAACUGUAAUUUACUGUAAGUUGAAACUGGGGAGAGACCCAGUGUGUGUGUGAGUGUGUAGCCGUCUGCCUGGGUUUGAGCUGAGGUGACAUCUGUUCUGUCGGUAUGUGGCAGUGACUUCUGUAUGGCUGUCACGGCCAUAAGUGGGUGGAGUCGCAAGGUGAAGGACAGCCCCUGGUGGGCCAAUAGGAUUCCUACUUCAAUUCAGAAACCCCCGCCCCCUCAACAUCUAUGUAGCGUGAAAAAUAAGUCAGUCAACUUCAUACUCUAGUGUUAGUUACAUAUUGACAUUUUGUGUAAAAAAAAAAUAUAUAUAUAUAUAUAUAUAUAUAUAGUUUUUAUAAUCCUUUUUAUAUAAAUAGGUCGGUCAUAACAGCACUGAAGAAGUCAAAAAGAAAAGAACAAAGGGAAUACUUUAUUCCCUUCUGAUCCCUCCAUCACAACAUCCCCUUCCCCGCCACUGAAGUGGUGCGUGGGUCGUAACAGUCUACGACGGCGUCCUUUCCUUUAGACCCACCUCUUUUCCACCUUUUCUCCCAUGAUGGGUAAGAACCUGGCCGGUGAAGGCAGACCCAUGCAGGCCUCCUCAGCCCCACCCCCUCCCCCAGUGAUAAGACCGGCUCUGAGAAGGACAGGGAGCCACCUGAGACUAUUAAAGCGCAGCCCAGGUGAAUCCUACACCCCCACUGCUGUGGGCUCGCCCAUAGCUUUGCCACCAUAGAGAUAUACGCAUAAAGAUCUCUGUAUGCCACUGCCUGCCCACAGGAAUGAAUACCAGGACUGUCCUGGUCCACGAGAGAGAGCUCCUCUGUUAGAUAAUUAAACUGCAGCAUCCUAUCACUAUGUGAUAUUUUUGUACACCUUACUGUAAUGAGUUUAUUUAUCACAGGUUUUAGACAUCAAAUAGCUAUUUAUUUCACUUCCUGGUUAGUUGAGUCUUUUGGGUAUGGUCAGAGGAGGGCUCUUGCAGACCCUGCCCUCUUCAGUCUAACUGAACAGUAAUCUUGAACAGUUGGCAGCUGGGUUUGUAGAAGAACAAUUUUAAAAUACAACCUCUUGUCUGACUGAGGACUGUCCUCAUCCUGAUAAAUUAGUGCUUUGAAGCAUGGGGAGUAACUUCUAAGUUCUUUUAUUCCAUGUAUUGUUUUUUUUUUUUUUUUUUUUUUUAAGUGAAGGGACUACGAUGGCAAUCAGAAGAUGAAAUUAUGAUUCAAAAUCUUGUUUUUUGUUGCUUAGACUUCUCCCUCCUUUUAUCCUGUAAAACUUAUUUUAUUUUCAAAACAUGCUACAAUUUAUGGUGUAACUAAAGACUUUUUGUUUGUAUAAUGCAUGAUUAAUACAAUAAAGUAUUUUUUCUAGUCUUCCAAAAAAAGUUUAAAAAAAAAUUCUGAUCAGUUUGCGAGUUUUGUAAGGGUUUUGAUUUACAAACUAUGAAUCAGCUGAUUUUAAAGAUUGUACCACAUAGCAAAAUACAACUGUUGAAAAGUAAUGUAUAUAAAAUGUCUAUAAUAAAUAUUAAAUGGUGUACCUGUA